CUCUGCCUCCGGAAUAGGAUACAGGGGGGACAGGAAACGGAAGUGUCAGGCUGCGGAAGCUAAGUCGGCCAUGUUGAGUGUGGGCAAAGUGGGCAAGUGCUGAGCUGGAUCAUGCCCUAAAUACAUGUAUGAAAGCAUGUUGGGUCAUCUUUACAGACAUGUAGGAGAUUGAGACUGUGCAUGGGAAGGAAUUAGCGACCUGUCAGCCAUUGAUUGAAAAAUGUUUCAGGUGAUGAGGUCCUUUCUACAGUUUUUUUUUUUUUUUUUGUUGUGAACCCAAGAUUAAUGGCUUGUUUUUUCUCCCGUAAUAUUUUGAUCAAUGACACAAUCAUUGAGUAAAUUGAAACCUGUCAUCAUGUUACUAAAUCGUGUUCCGCCAAGUUUAAGUUUAUUGGCAGCAAUCUACAGCUGUUGUCUUGGAUGGAAGUCGGAUCCUCCAUUUGUCGCAGAUAAAUACGGCCGUUUUAGUUUACAUAAAUCAAACGCCAGUGGAUUCUGUGAACAAAAAACAAAGGUUCCGUCUAUGGAUUUAUGGAGUGUGCCUUCAGAUGAUGUACUAGCUGACUUGCCAGUUGAUCCCAUUAGAACAAACUAUGUAAGAAAAGUGAAGAAUUGCAUUUUCUCCCUUGUCUACCCAACUCCCUUCAUGACGAACACCCACUUGGUAGCUGUCUCUGGGGAUGUGCUAGACAUUCUGGAUCUUGACAUCUCUGUAGUAAAAGAAGAGGGUUUUCUUCAUUUUGUAAGUGGUGGGAAAACCGACCCAGUAUUCGUUCCACUUGCUCACCGCUAUGGAGGUCACCAGUUUGGUGUCUGGGCUGGUCAGUUGGGAGAUGGUCGAGCACAUUUAGUUGGUGCUUAUAUCAACAGGUAUGGGGAACGGUGGGAGCUGCAGCUUAAAGGAUCGGGUAAAACCCCAUAUUCCAGAAACGGUGAUGGGCGCGCUGUUCUUCGCUCUUCCAUUCGAGAAUUCCUGUGCAGCGAGGCAAUGCACUUCCUUGGCAUUCCCACCUCUAGAGCUGCCAGUAUUGUUGUAAGUGACGAUGCCAUUUGGAGGGAUCAAUUCUACAAUGGAAAUCUUAAGAAAGAAAGGGGGGCAGUGGUGCUACGAGUUGCCAAAUCAUGGUUUCGAAUUGGCUCACUUGAAAUUUUGACUCACUCAGGGGAGUAUGACUUGCUUAGAAUUCUUGUAGAUUUUAUUAUCAAAGAACAUUUCCCUUCAAUUAGCAUAGCAGAUCCCAGCAGAGUCCUGGAAUUUUUCUCUAGAGUGGUACAUCAAACUGCAAAUCUGAUUGCCUUGUGGAUGUCAGUUGGGUUUGCUCACGGAGUGUGCAAUACAGAUAACUUCAGUUUAUUGUCUAUCACUAUAGACUAUGGGCCUUUUGGUUUCAUGGAAGACUAUGAUGCUGAUUAUGUUCCAAACACAUCUGAUGAUGAAGGAAGGUAUCGAAUCGGAAACCAAGCUAACGCUGGAAUGUUUAAUAUGAACAAGCUGCUUCUAGCUUUGAACCCCCUUAUGGACAGCCGGCAAAAACAGCUGGCCUCACAUGUAAUCAAAGGGUUUCCAGAUUUCUAUUAUCAAAGAUUUAAAGAGCUUUUUAGUGUCAAGUUGGGCUUCCUGGGUGAAACUGAGCAAGAUUUUACCAUCAUUGCACUUUUUCUCAGUCUACUGGAGGACACCAGGGCUGAUUUUACAAUGACGUUUCGUGACCUCAGCGAGAUCACUGAAGAACAACUCUUAAAUCUCAGCAUUCCUCAGGAAUAUUGGGCUUUGCAUAUUGUCAGCCAACACAAGAAUUUCCCAAAAUGGGUAAAUGUAUAUCUUCAGAGAUUGAAAAGAAACACAGAUGAUACGGAUUCAAAAAGAAGAGAGAGAAUGUCAAACUCCAAUCCUAGAUAUGUACUAAGAAGCUGGAUGGCAGAAUCUGCGCUUCUCAAAGCUGAACGGAAUGACUUUUCAGAGGUUCGCUUGUUGCAGAAUACAUUAAGACAACCUUUUCGAAAGCAGAAAAUUGCAGAAAUGGCUGGAUAUUCAAAGCAUGCUCCAGCCUGGGCCAGAGAUUUGAAAGUCAGCUGUUCAUCUUGAAACAGAGACAAUUCCGAUCUGAAUCUAACUCUGCGAUGAGUCACUACCUUACUUGGCCACGCUGAUAGAGCCAGAUUGCUUUAUUCAAGUUUUCAAAAUAAAGCCAAGUGGCUGCACAUAUAUUUAUCAUUUUCAUUUUGCAGAUUUUCUCUAUGUACAGCUACUAAAUAGUUCCUUUUUAUAAACCUUGUGAAAAUUGUA